GGAAUGAUGGGAGUGCUCGAUAAUUAAUUGGUUUUGACUGACACUUUACAGGAUUUUGUCAUUUUAAUCUACAGAGAUUAUCUCCACAGAUUCCUUCCUGACAUUGUUUGAUGCAUUUGUAAAAUCACCUUAGCUGUUCAUUUUGUCCUGCUUUUGCUGUAGAAAUGCUGGGCAGUCCAUUGAACUAGUUAAGUGAAAGCUGCAAUAUCUCACAUAUUGUACAGACUUAGUUGAUAAACAGGAGACCGAUGGAUUGACAACCUCUGAGGGAUUCUUCAGUUGAGCAGAGUCCUCCAAAAAGACUCAACAAACCCCCGGGAACUGUUUGCCAAAAACUGAAGAGGAAUCAGUUAAUCGUGCUGAAAUGUUUUUGCAGUGUGCACAUCCAUCAGCCUGUCCAGAUGGCGAGACCUUGGCAGAAGUGGAUGGGGAUAAAAAACAGGCAGAUAACUGGGCAGAUAUCGAAGGAGCUCAGCGCUGUACACGACCCAAGACCUGUCCAGAUGGCGAGGCCUUGGUCGAUGAGAUGGGUAACCAUCAUCAAAUGCUCAGGGCACAAACGGUCAGAGGACCAGGGAACACCGACGCAGCAGCUUUCAAACCCAAUAACGAGUCCAUCAUGGGAUCUGUCAGUCCACAGGAGGUAGGACAAACAAACCUGGACAAAGUUCCUGGCCUCAGUAAGGUUGUCAGAUUUCAGCUGCCUCCGGAGACAAUUCGGGCGUCUGAUGUUGAUGAUUUACAGGCUCCAUUUUUUGAAAUCGAUGGCCUUGGAGAAUGCUGUGUCAGUACUUUCACGAACACUUAUCACUCUGAGAAUUGGAUUGGCAUCACAGAUGACUGGCUGCUUCAGAAACAAAUCCUGAAAGAAGGACAGGGACAAGCUACCAGACCUGAUGUAGGUCAAGAGGUCACAUUAAAGCUGCUUGGAGUCCUGGAAGAUGGGACCAUAAUAGACAGGGACCCAAAGCUUACCUUUAUCAUUGGCGAUGGUGAUGUCAUACAGGCACUUGAAUUCUGUGCAUUUUCAAUGCAAUUGGAUGAAGUUGCUCUUGUAAUCUCUGACGGACAAUAUGCCUACGGUCACACUGGGAGAGAGCCUGAUGUCCCUGCAGAUGCAACAGUAAUAUACGAGGUCCAGCUUCUCAAUGUCAGAAAUGCUCCUGACCUGAAAACGCUGACGGUUUCGGACUGCAUUCGGAUCUGUAAACAGAAACGGGAGCGUGGAAAUUACCACUUCCAGAGGGAAGACUACCACAGUGCUGUGAAAUCAUACAACUUGGCUUUGGAUGUCCUGAAUAUUUCCUCAGACUCUAAUCCCAGCGCUCAGGAAGCAGAAGAAUUGCAGGAAGACGGACUGAAGUGUCUGAACAACUUGGCGGCUGCUCAGCUGAAGUUGGAUCUCCGAGAUGAGGUGAUUGCUUCCAGUAACGCUGUGCUGCAGCUGGACCCCAAUCAUGUGAAAGCUUUGUUCAGGAAAGGAAAAUUGUUAUCUGAACGGGGUGACUAUGAGGAAGCCAUGGAGACGCUCAAGAGAGCAUUGAAACUUGAACCAAGUACAAAGGCACUCAAUCCACCACACCAACAAAUAGGAGGCGCUGAGCAAAUACUCAAAGGAGAGGAAAAUAGAUUGGAGACAGAGCAAUGGAAUUUAACGCAGCCAAGCGUAAGUUCACAGAAUUCAAUCUGAGGUAACUGGAGUGUGAAGGAAACCUGGGCUUACCAUUCCACUUGUA